AUGGAGAACCUUGAAGCCAUCAUCUUGGUGAUCCUGGCCACCCACAACCUGGUCCGCCUGCACUUGCACCGCGGCGGCGUGGCCUCCCGGGCCCGGAGGACCAUGCGCCGGGUCAUGGCCAACCACAUUGCCCUGCUGCACCAGCUCCUUCCCGACAUCUGCCCCGACAACGAGACCAGGCUGAUGGUCGAGGAGCUGAACACCGGGCCCCACCGCUUCUGGUCCCGCCAGAUCAGCCAGGACUGGUGGGAGCGCGUGGUGCUGGAGACCUGGGACCCCAACCAGUGGCUGCAGAACUUCCGCAUGACCAAAGACACCUUCCUGGAGCUCUGCGAGGAGCUGCGGCCGGAGCUGCAGCGCCAGACCACCACCAUGAGGGCCCCGCUCAGCGUGGAGAAGCGGGUGGGCAUCGCCCUCUGGAAACUGGCCACCACCGAGUGCUACCGGUCUGUGGCCAACCACUUCGGGGUCGGACGGUCCACGGUCGGGGAGGUCUUCAUCGAGGUGUGCCUGGCCAUUGAGAAGCUGCUGUUCAAGAAGUUGGUGGCCCUCGAAGACCCCAAAGAGGUUAUGGAGGGCUUUGCAGAAAUGGGGUUUCCCAACUGUGUGGGGGUCGUGGACAGGACCCACAUCCCCAUCAUCUGCACCGUUCGAAAGGGAACCAGUGUCAGCCAGAAAGGGUUUUUCCCCAUGUCGAUGCAAGGGACAGUGGACCACAGGGGCCGUUUCAUCGAUAUUGAGCUCAGCUGGUGUGGAAAAGAUAAGGACGCCUCCUUCUUUCGAAACUUGGCUCUCUGCGAGGCUAUGGACCAAGGGUCAUUCGUCCCUGGGAACCCUACGAUGACCCUUGGUGAUGUGGAGAUUUCCCCUCUGAUCUUGGGCGACGCGACCUACCCUCUGAAGAAGUGGCUCAUGAGGCCUUUCACGGGCAACCUCAGCCCUCACGAGGAGCAGUUCAAUUCCCGCCUGAACGACUGCAGGAAGGUGGCUGGACAGGCCUUUGGGCGGCUGAAGGGGCGCUGGAGGUGCCUGGCCACCCGCUUGGAGGUCGCCGAGGAGAACAUCAUCCCUGUGGUGGUGGGCUCGGUCGUGCUCCACAACAUCUGUGAGAACCGCGGGCAUGCCUUGCUCGACGGGCCGUGGGCCCAGGAUGGAGUGUGGGACCAAACACCUGAGGGGCACUUGAAGUUCCCCACAUCUGCACAGGACACACAGGAUGGGAACCUGGUGCGAGAGGCCCUGGCCAAGUACUUCAUGAGUGAUUCUUGA